AUGGGUCUCAAGGGGGCAUGGUGUUUCCCAUGGUGUGGGUGCCGGAGACAGCGGGGGACUGAAAGAGGAGCAGGCCUAGAUCCAGCUGCCCCUCCAGAUCCAGAUCCCAGUCCAGCUAUAGCCCCCAUCGUGGCUGAGGGAGACAUACCCUCUCUAGGGCCUGGUGCCUACUUCAGCAGGAAAGCCCGACUGUCCUUCCGCCACCAGCUGCAUGACAUAGCAUCGGCCAAUGACUCCACCAUUUGAAGGGGACAACCAGGGGCUGAACUUCCAGGAAGCCUUGGCAACCUUUCUUCCCCCCACUUAGUGAUCCCAGUGUCCAGCUCCCCCAAGUCCCUCAUGACCUUCUUAUUCAAUAUAUUCAAAGUUGCCAAGUGU